CGCGGAUCGGGCACGACGGCGAGGAGGCAGAAGAGGAGGCAGAGGAGGAGGAAGAGGAGGAGGAAGAGGAGAGCGCGUUGCGCCGGGCACAGCUGUGCGCUCCCCGCGCCCUCAGGAUGAAGUUGGUCAGUGUCCUGCUGGUUUCACUAUGGUUGUCCAUGGCCACCCUCGGCAGAGGCUCAGAGCGCUGCGAUGACUGGGGUGUGGACACCAUGAAGCAGAUCCAGAUUUAUGAUGGGGAACCUGCCAAGAUCAAAUGCCCACUUUUUGAGACCUUCUUGAAGUACAACUAUAGCACAGCCCAUUCUGCUGGCUUAACCCUGAUCUGGUACAGGAUCGCGCAGGACCGGGAUCUGGAGGAGCCCAUUAAUUAUCGCCUCCCUGACAAUCACAUCAGUAAGGAUAAAGACACCCUUUGGUUCUGGCCUGCUCUUCUCAAUGACACUGGGAAUUACACCUGCAUGCUCAGGAACACAACCUACUGCAGCAAAGUUGCUUUUCCCUUGGAAGUUGUUCCAAAAGACCAGCACUCUUGUGUGAGCCAUUCCAUAAAACCCAUGGAGGAGAUGUUCUACUUGGAGCAUGCCAAUCAGAAGAUCACAUGUCCAGAUAUUGAUGGGUUUUACCCUGCUAGUGUGACACCAACUGUCAAGUGGUACCUGAACUGCAACUUGGUGGAUGGCUUCUAUGAGCGAUAUCCCCAGGGGCCCAGGCUUGUCAUUGGCAUUGUCCGCAGUGCCUAUAAAGGGAAUUACACUUGCAUUGUGACAUUCAAGGACCACGGAAGAACCUAUAAUCUCACCAGAACCAUAAAGAUGAAGGUGGUGGGAUCUCCAAACAAGGCCUUGCCACCACAGUUCACCUCUCCAAAUGAGAAGGUUGUGUACGAACUGGAAGCAGGUGAUGACCUUAUCCUGCCCUGUGAGGUUUUCUUCACUUUCCUGAAGGACUCCCGGACUGAGGUGUGGUGGACCAUAGAUGGGAGAAACACAGAUGACAUCACAGACCCCAAGAUAAAAGUCACACAAAGUGAAAUUACUAGAGAUUUUGAAGACAAAACUCUGGUGAGGACUCUAACAGUUGCAAAGGCCACAGCGGAGGAGCUGAAGCGGAAUUACACCUGCCACGCCAGGAACGCCAAAGGCGAGGAGCGCAGCCAGGCCGUGGUGCGCGUGAAAGUUGUAGCACCCAAGUACACUGUGGAGCUGGCCUGUGGCCUGGGGGCCACCAUCCUGCUCGUUGUGGUGCUCAUAGUCAUCUAUCACGUGUAUUGGCUUGAAAUGGUCCUCUUCUAUCGGGCUCAUUUUGGAACAGAUGAAACCAUUCUAGACGGGAAGGAGUACGAUGUGUACGUGUCCUACGCGCGCAACGCGGAGGAGGAGGAGUUUGUGCUGCUGACGCUGCGGGGAGUCCUGGAGAACGAGUUCGGGUACAAGCUGUGUAUCUUCGACAGAGACAGCCUCCCUGGGGGAAUUGUCACAGACGAAACCCUGAGCUUCAUCCAGAAAAGUCGACGUCUGCUUGUUGUCCUGAGCCCCAACUACGUCUUGCAGGGGACACAGGCCCUGCUGGAGCUCAAGGCUGGCCUAGAGAAUAUGGCCUCCAAGGGCAACAUCAAAGUCAUUCUAGUGCAGUACAAAGCCAUCAAGAAGAGCAAAGUGAAGGAGCUGAAGCAGGCCAAAGCGGCCUUGAAUGUCAUUAAAUGGAAAGGCGAGAAAUCCAAGUUCCCAAAGGGCAGGUUCUGGAAGCAGCUGCAGGUGGAAAUGCCAGUGAAAAAAAUUAGCAGGAGUUUAAGCCUUGAUGGAUUGAUGCAUAUCCCUGAAAAAUGUUUGACGCAAUCAGAAAACAAGCCAAAACACACCUCAAAAAUCCACAAGUUAGGCCAGGGAGUGGGGAGGAACUCAGGUUUUUUUCCAUGAAGGACCAUGUCCCAAGCAUUUCAGAGGAUAGUCAUGUUUUCCCUGCAGCUUUGAUAUUGCUCUGUCAUUAGAGAGACCGAAGAUGCAAACACCUGCUUUCUGCAAAUGUAUGUCCUUGCUAUCAACCACACAAGCCCUGGGCUUAAGGUCUAAAUUUGCUAUCUAGGAGGGAUGCAUCCAGCACCUUGUGAUAGCAUGGCCAGUACUCCUAGAUCCAGUUCCUAUGGGACCUUCAUUAGCAUCCAGGACAGAUCUUCCUUCCAGUCCUAAGUAAAUUCACUCCUUUCUGGUCCUCAGUUCCUAUUGCAGAGGCUGAGGAACAAUUUGCAAGGUAGCUCCAGUGUAGAGCCUUUCCUGCAUGUCCCAGGUCUGUAGUCCCCAUCACUUGUGGGACUCACAGACUCCUGCUGCACCGUGGGGGUGUGGACUUUUGAAGCUCCUCAUCUUUGUUCCCCAAAUUUCCUUUGAAGUAGAUGGUAGUUUGGCAGUGGGAAAUAGCUGUUACAGUAGCAUUAAAAAACCCCCACAACUCUACUGGGUGCUAUUUGCAUUGUAGCACAUCUAGUAACAAGUGGUCAGUCUCUGGGACUCUGCAGUCUCAAAAGUGCCCCAGGUCCUUCAGAGCUGCUUGUAAUCCAAGGAAAUCUCUCAUGAGUACAGGCUGUGGAGUGUGUGAGAGAUGUUUAUUUGUAGAGUAAACUCAGGGACUUCACAAGCACUACAAGGAGCCCUAAUGUACUACUGAACCUGCCUACUCUCUCUGCCACUGGCUGGGGGAAAGCAUCGUGCAAGGUGCUUCCAAGGUCUUUGGAAUGACAUGGAUAUAAGUCCAACUCAGAAGGACACCCCAGAAACUUACUUGAACUUCCUAAAACUACUAGUUCUGUCCAUGUAGGUAAGACUGUGAGAACAGGCUGAUAAAGCUGGGGAUGUUCUCCCUGGAGAAGGCUCCUGGGAGACCUUUUUCUGGCCUUUCAGUGCUUAAAGGGUGCUUAUAAGAAAAGUGGGGACAUUCUUUUUAGUAGGACCUUUUGCAAUUACCCCUUUAUGGACAAGGGGUAAUGGUUUUAAACUAAAAGAGAGUAGAUUCAGACUACAUUUAAGGAGGACAUCUUUUACAAUGAGGGGGGUAGAACACUGGCACAAGUUGCCAAGGGAGAUGGAUUCCCCAUCUCUGGAACCAUUCAAGGCCAGGUUGCACAAGGUUUUUGGAGCAAUCUGAUCCAGUUGAAUAUGUCCCUGCUUAUUGCAGGGAGGAUGGCCUUUGAAGGUUCUUCCCAACCCAAAUUAUUCUAUGAUUUUAUAAAGACUCUCUCUUCAAUGCCUGGUUUUGAACAACGUUGCCAUUUCUAAUUCAGGGUUUAGGUUUAAACUAGCUUUGGCUUUACAAAGUCUCUCCCCAUCUUGAUUCCAGCCCAAAGCUGCAGAACAUACAGCAGUAUCUCAGCUUCUGCGACAUUUGCACAAAACAGAAGCACAAAACCCCACUGUGUAGGUGUCCUUGCUUCAGCAGGAGAGGGCAUGGUGAGUUAACCCCCAUCACACAGUUCAUGCUGAGGAGGGGAGUUUAAUCUCUCUUGUAGGACAAGCUAAAGCACGGUGGGGCCCUGGCAUAGACUGGUGCUAUGGUUCACAAUGUUUUCAAAUAAAACUUCAGGUUCUGGGGGUGUCUCCAUACUCCUGCAGCUCUCAGUGCUAGGACCUGCCCACUUAAUUGUGGAGUUCGGUAUUACACACACCAAGUGCAUGCUUAUUUUUAUUGGUGAUGGUUGCUCCUGAGUCACCUUUGACUCAUGCAUUUGCUCUGUUGGUGUCCAGUGGGUGGGGCAUAAGCAUUCAUAAUGGCGUUAUAAAAGCACUACAAUUAGGAGUCUAUGCACUAUUUACCCAGCUGAGCUGGGAGCUUUGAGGGCAUCGCAGUAAAAAACCCAGCCUUAAAGGUGUGGGACUGGUAUCAGGUAAACCUUUUUACCCUUAGCAUUUUGUGAUUAACAAUGUUAUUCCAGGGCCGCAGGGAGCUACAGCCCCCCAUGCCCUUAGUCAGGUACUCUAUGUCGUGUUUAGGAAAGGUACCCCAUAAUUCAGAGCUCCCCCUGAAACCAUGUGCCCCUCAUUUUCCCCUUCUCCCUCCUUCUGCAGAGGGAGGGAGAGGAGAAUUGAAGGCACAAGAGGUAAAGAUCCUGCUGUGAGAUAAGAAAAAUUUACUGGAAACAGCAAUGAGAUAAGAAAAUGAACAUUUACAACAGCAAUACUGGUGAUAGAGGGUACAAGAAAUGAAUCAUUCCUGUGGAAAAACCCCCUGACAAUUGACCACAUCCAGCCAUUCCUUCUGCUGCCCUGCACUGGCCCAGCUGCGCUGUGCUGGGACCCUUUCUCUCCAAAAGAGACCCCUUACCUCCACCCCUUGCAAAUGCAGGGUGGUAUAGAAUAACUUCGGUGUCCUGAACAUGCCCCCUCCUGACUGCUGGAAAAAUGAACCCUGUCCUGGCUGGAACCAGGACACUGUACAGAUGUGUAACAAAUAGGGCUUCUUUCUUACUGUCCUCUUUAUCUUUCCCACCCCAAAUAUACUUUGAUUUAAGCAGGUAAAAUUGCAGUCAGCUUCACUGGAGGCAGUGGAGUUCCUCAUCUGCUCAGAGGUGCUUAAAAGUUUUGUUAUGAGCUUUUCUAUUGUGGUUGUCUGUGGAGGGACAGAGCUGCUUCUCACACUCCAGAAAACUUUGUUUAUAAGAGAUAGCACCCAAACCCAUGCUUGGCUUUGUGAACCCAUUGCAACCCUGUCAUUGUGCCCAGCUUCACCUUUUUGUUUGUGUUUUAAGCAUCUCUGUGAUCAGCUGCCAAAUCUGCAGGCAGAGGGAAGGCCCUGAAGCCAAAGCAGAACUCUGUUAGGUUCCUGUAUGAUUUUUAAAAGAUUGACUCUCAAAUACUCAUAAAUUGAAUUGACAUCCCAGACUUCACUACAUCACAUCUCACUUUUGCCUGAGUUACCAAGAGAUUUUAUGCUGAUGUUUUAUUAAGUCUGAUUAUUUUAGGAAGUUAAAUGCACCUCAUGUAUUUUGAUGAUGAUGAUGAUUUUAUUGGAAGAGUUUUCCAGAUAAUUAAUAGGCCUGGACUUUCUCAGGCAUACACUGCAGUGGCCUUUGGUGUCAUUGCAACCCCAGCACAGGGGUACUGAGGGACAUCAGCAGAGCAGCCACAAGACGAAAGGUGCGAAGGUUUGGAAGGGACCUGAGAGGUCAGAGGGAGCAGUGUGCAAGGAACAGUCCAGAAGCAGGUUCCACUCACCCAGGAGCUUUACCACUGGCUUUGCUGGGAUAUUUCAGGCCAAGGGUAAAGCCCAGUCCCAGCUGUAAAGCAGAUCUGCAAGUGCCUCAGAUACGCCUGUCCUUUCAUUCUAUGCCACGUGCGGUUUCCAUUGUGGGAUUCUGUCACAGCAUCCAUCUGAAUCAGUUGAUUCAUUUGAGUUUCUGUGCUCUAACCUAACAUUUAUCAAUAUGCAGCUCAUGCAAAGUUCCUCAUUGUUUUUUCAUUGGGAAACAGCGUGGCACAAAUUGGAAAAAAUAUCUUCCCUUCCCGUGCUGUUUGAUGUUGUACAGCUGUUCCAGAGUUUUCCCUUUUCUGUAUGUUUUUGCCUU